CCCGGGCUCCAGAAGCUGUUCGAGCCUCGGCUAGGGAGAGCGCUGGGCUGGUGACGUCAUCAAGCCGUGCGAGGCGGGGCUGCGGACGGUGGGCGGGAGGCUGCCAACGGUUUUAAGUGUAGGGAGCGCGGUGAGGGUGGGUGUGGACGCGUCCUUGGGCUCCCGGACCGAGGUUCAGGGAAGGGGGACAACCCCUUGUCCACACCUUGGCAAAUUGAGGGGGGACUGAGGUCCGGUGGUGUGGCGAGGAGUCUCAAGGGGUGGUCGGGGUAGAGGAUCGCAGGCUAGGCUUGAGGGCGGCGUACCUUUUAGAGAGGUCUCAGGGGGUGACCGAGUGUUUACGAAGUUUCUCUCGGGAGAUCGAGGUCAGAUCGAGGUCGGAGGGAUUCUAGGGAACCUUGUUAUGGCUUUAUUGCCAGGAGGGGUCGGAGGGGAUAUGCAAGACGGUUGACCUCGGGUGCAACAAGUGCAUGACAGACGGGUGUGAACAGGUGGGAAACGUUAGGUUCCUGCCUCUCUGAGACUCGGGCGAGGUGGGGGGCACAUAAGGCGGCUGCUGGGAUAUUAGGCCUCUAUUGGGUUUGGGUGCAUUUCAGUUUGCACGUUCUGAGUUCAGUUGGCCAGUGAUGGCCUGUGCCAGAAGUUGAUCUGAAGCUUUCAGCCCUCCGGGGAACUGCAAGGGUGCUGUCGCCCCUCCGUCUUCUGCCCCCACCCCUUCCUUGCUGCAUCCUCCUUUUCCACAGUUCCCAGGAGCUGUGGAAGGAAAUGCUUUUGCCCUCUCCCAUGGCUUCUGGAACUGCUGGAAACCUUUCCUCUAACCAGAAAGCCUCCAUACCGUUACUCACCAAGGAUCCUUGGCUUGGAGUCUUCCUCCUUUCUCCCAAAUCUUCUUCUUCCGUGUACUUUCCCCCCUGGGCUGCCCUACAGCAGGACCAGGAGUUCCCAGCUCUGCUGUCCUCAGUUGUCUCCUCCUUGUACCCAUGGCGACAUCAGCUACGGUCCCCAGUUCACCUCUCCGGACUGAGGAUCUCCUGAGUGACUCAUCAGAAGCCCCUGGGCUGAACCAAGUGUCCUCUGAGGUGACCUCCCAGCUCUAUGCCUCUUUGCACCUCAGUCGCCAGGCAGAGGCCACUGCCCGAGCCCAGCUAUACCUGCCCCCCUCCUCCCCACCUCCUCAUGAGAUGUUAGACGGAUUAGCGCAAGAGCUGAGUCGCGGCUUGUCAGCUGGAUUGGAGAACAACUUGAAGAAGAAGGAUGGUUCGAAGCAUAUUUUUGAGAUGGAAAGCGUUCGGGGUCAACUCCAGAGCCUGCUCCAGACCUCACGUGAUGCAGCCUAUCGGGACCCCCUCACCCCAGGCGCUGGCUCAGAGAGACGAGAAGAGGACUCCUUCGACAGUGACAGCACAGCCACCUUGCUGAACACCCGACCCCUGCAGGACUUAUCUCCGUCCAGCUCGGCCCCAGCCCUGGAGGACCUGUUUCCCCGCUACACCAGCCUUCGGCCAGGCCCCCCAGCGCAUGCCCCGGACUUCCAGGGCCUGAGGGACGCCCUGGAUUCGGAGCAUACCCGCCGCAAGCAUUGCGAGCGCCACAUUCAGAGCCUCCAGACCCGAGUGCUGGAGCUUCAGCAGCAGUUAGCUGUGGCCGUGACCGCUGACCGCAAGAAGGACGUCAUGAUCGAGCAGUUGGACAAGACCCUGGCCCGUGUGGUGGAGGGCUGGAACCGGCACGAAGCCGAGCGCGCAGAGGUGCUUCGUGGGCUCCAGGAGGAACGCCAGGCAGCCGAACUCACCAGAAGCAAGCAGCAGGAGACAGUAACCCACCUGGAGCAGAGCCUUUCUGAGGCCCUGGAGGCCCUGAGUCGUGAGCAGGAAGGUGCCAGACUGCAGCAACGGGAAAGAGAGACGCUGGAGGAGGAGAGGCAGGCUCUGACCCUGAGCUUGGAGCUGGAACGGCAGCGGGGCCGGGCGCUGCAGGAAGAGCUGGACGAGGCCCGCGCCGCGCAGCUGGGCGAGCGCCGGCAGCUGGACACCCUGAAGGCCGCCCUGGAGGAGGCGCGGCAGGUGAUCGGGAGUCCUCAGGUUCGGUUCCCCGGGCAGGCGGACGCGCGGAGGGAGGCCCAGGCGGCGCGAGAGGCCGAGCAGCAGCUGGCGCUGGCGCAGUCCGACGUGCGGCGCCUAGAGGGCGAGCUGGACGCAGCGAGGAGAGAGAGGGACGCGCUGCAGCUGGAGAUGAGCUUGGUGCAGGCCCGGUACGAGAGCCAGCGGGUCCAGCUGGAGUCGGACAUGGCCGUGCGGCUGGAGCAGCGGGUGACAGAGCGGCUGGCCCAGGCCCAGGAGAGCAGCCUGCGGCAGGCGGCCUCGCUGCGGGAACACCACAGGAAGCAGCUGCAGGACCUGAGUGGACAGCACCAGCAGGAACUGUCCGCUCAGCUGGCUCAGUUCAAGUUGGAAAUGGCGGAGCGCGACGACAGGCAGCAGCAGGUGGCGCAAGACUAUGAACUCAGACUGGCCCGCGAGCAGGCGCGGGUGCGGGAGCUGCAGAGCGGCCAGCAGCGGCUGGAGGAGCAGCGCGCCGAGCUGGUGGAGCGGCUCCAGGCCAUGCUGCAGGCCCACUGGGAGGAGGCCAGCCAGCUGCUGGGCGCCCCCGCCCUGCCCCCUAACCCUCCGGCUCCCACCACCAGCCCCUCCAGCCCUGGGCCUCAGGAGCCAGAGAAGGGGGAGAGGCGGCUCUGGACCCUGCCUCCCGCGGCCGUGGCCUUGAAGCCCGUGUCGCAGCAGAGCCGGGAAGCGCCGCCGGGAGGGCCCUCCCCAGACCUCAGCCUCCUGCUGGGCCCCGCCUUCCUGAGCCAGCAUUCCUUCCAGCCCCUGGAGCCGAAGCCAGGCCUCGCUUGGUCCUCUGCCGGAGCCUUCUCUGCGGCUGGUGCCUUCCACCCCGACCACCGGCCAGAGCGGCCAUUCCCGGAGGAAGACCCUGGGUCCGACGGGGACAGCUUCCUGAAGCCGGGGCCGCAGCCCCCCUCCCAGCUGGACGGCCUCAAGCACUUUUUGCACCAGCUGCUGGAGGCGGUACCGCAGAAUGAGGCCCCCUCUGUGGAUCUGUUGCCCCCGAAGCCUGGUCCGCUGCCCGGCCAGUCUUGGGAGGAGGCCCCGCAGGUGCCACACCUCCCGCCCCCUGUUCGUAAGACGAAGGUGCCCCUGGCCUUGGCCUCCAGUCUCUUCCGGGCUCAGGAGCCGCCCCCAAGCCACACACAGAGCAGCGGGCCUUGCACGGGCUCCCCAGAGAGAGGUGGGGACGGGCUCGCACCCGCGGGGCAGCUGAUGGACGUGGCGCAGCUGCUACAACUGUACCAAGCUCGGGGCUGGGGGGAUCUGCCCGCCGAGGACCUGCUGCUCUACCUGAAGAGGCAGGAGCGCGGCAGGACGGACAGCCAAGGGGAUCACGUCCCCAGAAGGAACACAGAUUCCCGCUUGGGUGAGAUCCCCCGGAAAGAGAUCCCCUCCCAGGCUCUCCCUCGCCGCCUCGCUGCGGCCCCUAAGACCGACAGGCCUCCGGCGCGCAGGAAGGGGGGGCACCCGGCCCCCAGUAGCACGAGGAGCCGGGGGGGCAUCUGGAGAUGAGCCCCUCGCCCCGUCCACUCUUCUAAUAAACGUCCAGAGUCUGGGUUCGAGCCUCUGACUCCCAGGGAUUUGACAAACUGGAGAUUUCAUAGGAAGUUACUUUGUAAAGCACCCUCCUGUUUGAGUAUGUUUUUUAUAUGUUACACGUUUGUUUUCUAUUCUGUGGGAAAGUUACAAAUGUGAAUGCUCGGAGGAAAGCCCGCCUCUGGCUGUGGCUUUGAGAACGUUCUGGGAGCCCGGGCUCGGCGUCCCUCGAACACACAGCGCCAUUGGCUGUGGCCGGGAGCGGAGUAGGGAUGACACUCACGUGCUUCUUUAUACAUUUCUAUAUUGUCCACAUUUUCUAAAACAACCCUGUAUUAGUAACCAGAAAAAACAAGCUUUUAAUAAAAGAGUAAGUUAUUGUAUGAAGA